AUGGAUCCCCUCCAUCUUGAAUGGUUUUAUUACAAUUUGAAAUUUCAGCUUCCAAAAGAACUUUUUUUCCAUACGGAUUACCGUCCACUCGUGAGAGAUUCAAAUCACUAUGUAUUGGAUGAACAAACACAAGUACCACCACAUUUGAUGCCUCCACCUUUCCUUGUAGAUAUUGAUGGUAACCCAUAUCCCCCUAUGCUUCAACGCUUAGUACCUGGCCGAGAGUUGUGUAACGUGGAACAACUUGUUCCAAAUAUUGUUAUAGGAAAUGAAGGUACUCAAGAAGUCAUCCAAGAUAUACCUCAAAAUCAUGUGGGUUUUGUGCAUAAUGAAGAUGAAGAUAUCAGAGAGCCGGGUUUCAGACUUGGAAGGAGACAUUCGAAUAGAGAAUUUGAGCGUAUUAGACAGAGUACAGGCGAUUGGCAAAGUGACCCCAACAUCGAAUGGAAGAUUAAUGUUUUAGUACCGCCAUUGAUAAAAUCUGUUCUAGACAGAGCUAAACAAGUCAGAGAAGCUUUAAAAGAUGCUGAACUAGAAGAGUAUCAAAAACAACUUAGGCAAAGACCACAUAUGAUAAGCAUAAAUACAUCAAGCAAUAUUAAGAAGCAAGAGGAAAAGAAAAAAAAGAAUGCUAAAUAUAUUACAAGGUCAUUAAAAACCUUCGAGUACCGGGAAGAUGAACCAGAAUCAUCAGGAAACGAGAAUUUUUCAGAAUCAUCUGGCUACUCUGAUUGGGUUGCUGAGGAGAAGCCCGAACGCCCAAAGCGCUCCAAUCGAAGACCAAACACAAAUCACGUUCAGUAUUCUGAAGAGGAAGAUGAAGACGAUGAUUAUGAAAAUGAUCAUGAUUAUGGGGAGGGUCCAAGUAGUAGUAGUCGUAGUAGAGAAAACCAUGUUAACCGAAAAAAGGAAAACAAAUCUGUAAAACAUAAAGAAAAUAAUGCUAGUAGAAGUAAGGUAAAUAAUAGUAACCAUACUUCAAAUGAUUUUGAUAUGAGUUCUGAUGAUGAAGAUGUCAGCAACACAACUACAGAAAAUCACCUUGGCAAAGCUAAGCUUAUCAUUAGGCUCUCAAAAACCACUGCCGGUUCUACGUAUACUGCCAUACCUUCAACGAGUACUCUCCAUUCCAAUUCAAAGUUGAAAGUAUCUGAACAAUAUAGAUUGAGUGAGUGGCUGUCAGAGACUAGACCCCGAAAAUCACCAUAUUAUCCUCAGUUGGGCGAUGAAAUAGUUUAUUUUAUACAAGGACAUCAGCUUUAUUUAAAUAUAGUAGAAAUAAAAAAAACUUAUGAGAUAUGUAUCAAGGAGUUACCAUGGAACAAAAUGACAAUUCAGGAUCAUGAAUUUGUGAAAGUGAUUGGUAUACAGUAUGAAAUUAAACCUCCGAGGUUAUGCUGUUUGAAGUUGGCUCUUUUAGAUGACGAAGGGAAAUUAACUGGAAAAGUAUUCACUGUCAAAUACCACGAUAUGCCAGACGUGUUGGAUUUUUUUGUUUUGAAACAAAUGUACAACACUGCCUUGUCAAGAGAUUGGAAAAUUGGAGACAAAUUCAGAUGCAUGAUAGAUGAUGAAUGGUGGAUUGGACAGAUAAUGAACAAAUCACCUGCAAGCGAAAGUUUUCCAGAUUCGGUAUUCUUAUGCUAUGAAAUUAUGUGGACUAACGGAGAACGAGAGCGUAUGAGUCCAUGGGAUAUGGAACCAAUCGACCCUGAAAGAGUGCCUGAAGAUGAAAACCAAGCGAUGCCUGUACUGGAACAAGAACUGACUUCUAUUCUAUAUAAAACUGUUGACUGUGACUGGCCAUACAAUGACCUUGCAACUAUAACCAACCAUGUAGUAACAGGAAUAACUAAAGUAAUGGAACUGGCGAUAGCAGAACCGUUUUUGGUACCUGUAGAUAUCAAUGUUUAUCCUGAAUAUGCAAUGUUCAUUGAAUAUCCAAUUGACUUGUCCACAAUAAAAGCAAGAUUUGAAAACAAUUUUUACAGAAGACUGACUGCAGCCCAAUUCGAUAUUCGAUAUUUAGCGACUAAUGCUGAAAAGUUCAAUUUGAAACAUAGUACCAUUGUGAAACAGUCGAGAAUUGUUACUGAACUAUGUCUGAGGAUAGUCAAAGGUUGUUCAGACUAUAUUGAUGUUCCCAGUCUGUACCAUCGUAUUGUGGAUUCAUACAAUUCUUGUGAUAGUGAAGAAGAAUUAGAUGUUCCACCAUCUAGCAGUAAAAAUAUUCGAACUUCAUCAAAGAGGCUCAAGAGAAACCCUAAUGAUUGGAAAGCUGAAGCCGUGAAUCUUGUAGAAAGUUUAUGGAAGUCCAAAGAUUCGGAACCAUUUCGAGAACCUGUUGAUCCCGAAACUUAUCCUGAUUACUACAAUAUUAUCAAGAACCCGAUGGAUCUCGGAACAGUAAGAGAAAAUCUUAAGAAUAGUAAAUAUGAUGUUCCACAACAAUUUAUAAUAGAUAUGAGACUGAUAUUUCAAAAUUCUAGACUAUAUACUCCAAAUAAGAAAUCAUUGAUAUAUGAUAUGACUGUUCGAUUGUCUGACUUAUUCGAAGAACUGACAAAAAGAUUAAUGUCAAAAUGGAAAACUGCUAAAAGAAGACAGAAUCGAAAAAGAAUCAGUAGUAGUGAUGAAAAUGAAGUUUCUAUUUCCACAACUUCAAGUGAUGAAGAAGUGAUGGAAAAGUUUACAUCUGGAUCUCAAUUAGAAGUAGAUAGUGAUACUGAUGAUGACAUACCCUUAAAUAUUCUAAGGAGUAAAACGAACACAGAAUCUGAUACUACCAGUCAAAGUACAUUCAGCAGGGGUAUGAAGUCCAAGAAACGAAAUGCAGGCUCUGAGGAUGAAUAUAGUCCAAGUGCCAAUUACCGUCAAAGCGCCAAAAAUAAUAAAUAUAAAUCAUCUUCAUCUGAGGAAGAAAUAGAAAACUCAUCUUCUAGUGAUGAAGAUGAGAGUCCUGAAAGAAAAUGUAAUUUGAGGCAGAGACCAGUCAGAAAAAAAAUUCUUUUAUAUGAAAGUUCUGAUAGUGAAAAUAGCUCUAAUACAAACAAAAGAAUAAAACGUGGUGUGAAACGCGGCUUUGAUAGUGACAGUGACAGUAAGUCUAGUCACAGCACUUUACCUUUGGUGAAUAAUGAAGGGAGUUUCAUUUCAAACGUGAGCAGUAGGGGUAGAAUAAGAAAGCUGACUGAGAGAGCCAAAGCUAUGUUUAAGAAAAGGUGAAAUUUACAGUGACGCUUGGUGUUUUUUUAGCAUUUUGUAUUCGUUGACCCCUGAAAUUGUUCAUUUUUCAAUAGGGUUUUGUAAAGUUUCUUGUGAUUAUAUUUUAAUAAAUUAAGUCAAUUUUUGUUAAUUGAUUUAUAAACGUUUAAGACCAUGAAAUAUUUUUAAAAUAAAAUUGUUUUAUAGA